AUGUACUGUGGUGUAAGAGUAAAAACUUUUAUUACUCCGCGGAAAAAAUUGUUUUUAAAGCUAAAGUGUGAUUAUCAUGGGAAAAAUAUUGUUUACGGCUGCAAACAAAAAAAAAUAAAACAUUUCGAAAUUUCGGAAAAUUCAUUAGCCGCUCGGAUUAAAUUUAGUAACUUUUAUAGAUUAGUUAAUGCAUAUAAAAAAUAUGGACACCAGCAGGCUAACAUUAAUCCGAUAGCGUUGACAAGGCCGUUGAGUUCAACGGAAUUAGAUCCCAAGAGAUACGGCCUUGACUUAAAUGAUACUGUGGGUUUCACCGGAAUAUUAAACACUAACAAAGUUGAGGGAACUGUUGGAGAAGCUGUUGAAUUUCUUAAUAAUAUUUAUUGUAAUUUCAUUGGUGCUGAGUUCAAUUACCUCGAGAAACCGCUGAAAAAAAAAUACCAGGAAAAAAACAUCGAGAUAUGAUCAUGAUUGUAUAAAAUUUUUUUAAUAUUUUUUCAUUUACGAAUGCAGACUCAAGAAGAGCGAGAAUGGUUCGCCGAACAGAUGGAAAGCUCUGAGAACUCAACGCUAGAUGAUAAGACUCGUAGAAAAAUUCUUGAAGAAAUGCUAAAGAGCCAAGCAUUCGAUAAUUUUUUGGGCACCAAAUUCGUGACUUUCAAGCGAUUCAGUGGAGAAGGCUCUGAAUCUAUGAUGGCAUUCUUCCACGAAUUCUUCAGACUGACCGCUCAAAAUAACUUGGAGAAUAUAAUACUAGGAAUGCCUCAUCGCGGAAGAUUCAAUGUAUUGACAGGGAUGCUGAAGUUUCCUCCAGAACAGCUUUUUCGCAAGAUAAGAGGUCUCUCAGAGUUUCCGGAAGAUGCCGUAGCGAGCGGUGAUGUUGCAAGCCAUUUUGUGUCCUCUGUAGAUUUGGAAAUCGACGCUAAGAAGUUUCACAUCACGAUGUUGUACAAUCCUUCGCAUUUGGAGAUAGUCAACCCGGUCUCUAUGGGCAAAACUCGCGCAGUAAUGCAAGAGACUAAAGAAGGAGGAUAUUCCAGUAAUCCAAAUUCACAGUGGAGUGAUAAGACUCUUAAUCUUCAGGUUCACGGAGACGCAGCAUACGCUGGUCAAGGAGUCAAUCAAGAAAGCUUAGCCAUGACGUCAGUUCCUAAUUUCGAAAUUGGUGGGACUGUCCACAUGGUGGUGAACAAUCAAAUCGGGUUCACUACCCCUGUAUAUUGGGGCAGAUCCACUCGCUACUGCACAGAUCUGGCGAAAAUGAUCUCUGCACCAGUGUUACAUGUCAACGGUGAUCACCCUGAAGACGUUGUCCGUGCGACGCGAAUUGCUUUUAACUAUCAACGUAAGUUCCGCAAAGAUGUCUUCGUUGACAUCAACUGCUUCAGACGGUGGGGUCACAACGAGUUAGACGAGCCUAUGUUCACCAACCCAUUGACCUACAAACUGAUCAGAAGCCGAAGAAUGGUUCCAGAGCAGUACAGAGAGACACUAGAGACACUUGGUGUUGUGGAAAAUGCAGAAUGCGACAAUAUCAUUGAGAAGCACACUUCUUGGCUGAACGACGCGUUCAAGCAGACUGAUAGCUUCGUGCCUCCAGUAACUUACUUCACUCACAGAUGGGCUGGAUUCGAACAAGCCAAGUCGACGCUAACUACCUGGGACACUGGAGUUAAUUCGGAUCUUCUGAAGUUUAUCAUUCGCAAAAGUGUCACUGUAGACGAUGAUGUGGAUGUAAAUGCAGGCCUGCAAAAGAGUCACAUACAAGCGAGGCUAUCAAAGCUAGAUCACAAUGAGCCAUUAGACUGGUCGACAGCUGAGGCCGCAGCAUUCGGAAGUUUGUUGUACCAAGGCUACAAUGUUAGAAUUAGCGGUCAGGAUGUGGGCCGCGGUACCUUUUCGCACCGUCAUGCUAUGAUUCUUGAUCAAACAACAGGAGAAAUCCACAUUCCACUGAAUCAUAUGGCCGAAGGUCAAACUGGCCAGAUAGAAUUGGCAAACAGCAUCCUGUCAGAAGAAGCAGUCUUGGGCUACGAGUAUGGCUUGAGCAUAACGUCACCUUCAACAUUAGCCGUAUGGGAAGCUCAAUUCGGUGAUUUCUUCAACGGCGCCCAAAUAGUGAUAGAUACCUACAUUAGCAGUGGUGAGACCAAGUGGAUGACCAGCAGUGGGUUGACGAUGCUUCUGCCACACGGGUACGACGGAGCGGGUCCAGAGCACAGUUCUUGCCGCAUAGAAAGGUUCUUGCAGUUGACAGACAGCAAGGAACACCUUCCUGAUGGCGACAAUGUUAAUAUGCAGGUUGUUAAUCCAACCACACCGGCUCAGUACUACCACCUUCUUCGCAGACAGAUGAUCAGAAAUUUCAGAAAGCCGCUGGUUGUCGUUGCGCCCAAGGGCUUACUGCGACUCAGAUCAGCUACCUCCAAGUUGGAAGAAAUGGGACCUGGGACCCAGUUUAAGAAUGUCAUUGCUGAUGAUUUGGUCGAUGCGUCCAAGGUAGAAAGGGUCAUACUAGUCAGUGGUAAGCAUUACUAUGCCUUGGAGAAGCAAAGAGAAGCAAUAGAUCUGCAGAAUGCAGCUAUCAUUAGAUUGGAAAGUCUUUGUCCUUUUCCAAUUGUUGAGAUCAAUGAAGAACUCAAGAAAUAUCGAAAUGCUAAGUACUUCAUUUGGAGCCAAGAAGAACCGCAAAAUAUGGGAGCUUGGAGCUUUGUCAAGCCAAGAUUUGAAAAUUUAUGUGGAAUAAAGCCUAAAUACUGCGGUCGCGAAGCUUUGGCAACGCCGGCAGUCGGAGUUGGCCAAAUACACCAGCGCGAAGCUACCGAAGUUAUUGUUAAGCCUUUUAUGAUAAGAUAA